AUGCGGCGUCCACCGUGGUCCACUGACGGAGAUGCCUGCGGCGGCUUCAGUUUCCUGCUGACUGCUCUAGUGGUCCUUUCCUCGGCAGCCACCGCUCAGGAUGGAGCUCCGCCCUCCAAAAUAGCGGUGGUGGGCGCCGGCAUAGGAGGCAGCGCGACGGCCCACUUCUUGCGCCAGCACUUUGGGCCCGAGGUGCAGCUGGACGUGUACGAAAAGGGCCAGGUGGGGGGACGCUUGGCCACUGUCACCGUCAACAACAAUCAGUACGAGGCGGGCGGCUCUGUUGUGCAUGCGCUCAACAUGCACAUGCAAGACUUUGUCAAGCAGCUGGGCCUGGCGUACCGGCGUGGCGUGUCGGGCAAAACGGCUGUGUUCGACGGCACGGAGGUGAUCGCAGAGGAGAGCGACUGGUACCUGCUGGACCUUUUACGCCUGUGGUGGCGGUACGGUACCAGCUUCAUCCGUGUGCACAUGUGGCUCGAGGAGGUCAUGGAGAAGUUUAUGAGGAUCUACAAGUACCAGGCUCACGGGUACGCGUUCACAUCUGUGGAGGAACUUGUCGACUCGCUUGGCGGGAGCGGCUUUCUCAACAUGACACGCAGGCCGCUCUCUGAUUCCUUGCUGGAGUUGGGCGUGUCCCAGCGCUUCAUCGAUGAGGUCAUUGCACCCAUCAUCAGGCUCAACUACGGCCAGAAUGUCAGCAUACCUGCAUUUGUAGGUGCCGUGUCACUGGCUAGCGCCCACUCCAACUUGUGGGCAGUAGAAGGCGGCAACAAGCGGGUUUGCGAGGGGCUGCUGAAGGCAGCCAAUGCCAACUUGGUGAAUGCGCAUGUUACCGCUGUGCGACCACUACAUACAGACGGCGCUCCUCAGUACCAACUGCUCUUGGCCGGAGAGGAAGAGGCGACCCCGGCCGGCGCCUACGAUGCAGUGGUGCUGGCGACACCGUUGCAGGGCUCGGGCGUCUCCUUCCUGGACUUCACGCCGGCAGUGGAGCCGGCGGCAGGCACCUACCAUGGCACGGUGGCUACCGUGGUGCACGGCUACCUCAACACGUCGCUAUUCGGCUUCCCGGACCCGCGCCUCUUCCCGUACGCUGGUGUGCUGACGACUGAAGCGCCGGCGUUGUUCUUCAACAGCGUGGCCAGCGUUUAUCCCGUCAGCGUGUCGCCGGGCUUCCGCCGCAAAGGAGCGCACGAGGCCGCCGUCUAUAAAGUCUUCUCACCUGAAGUGCUCACCAAAGAGCAGCUCAAGACGCUCUUUAGGUCGUACUACUCAGUGCAGGCAACAGAGUGGCAAGCGUACCCUCGUUACGGUAGCGCAGCAGGGGCGGCGCUGCCCCCAGUGGAACUACGGCCCCACCUGUACUACUUGAACGGCGUGGAGUGGGCGGGCAGCGCCAUGGAGAUGAGCGCCGUGGCGGCAAAGAACAUUGCUCUACUGGUGUACCACCGCUGGAACAACCAAAGCCACAAAGUGGACCAUAAGGACCUCAUGCACAGAAUCAAAACGGAACUAUGA